CUCGUCUGGAGCGGGCUUGGCGGGCGCGGGCGCGCGCGGCGGCGGCGUUGGAUCCGUCCACGUACUGCGAGAGCCCGGUGUACAGCCCGGACGUGUGCCCCAACAUGAUCGCGGCGCAGGCCAAGCUGGUGUACCAGCUGAACAAGUACUACACGGAGCGCUGCCAGGCGCGUAAGGCGGCCAUCGCCAAGACCAUCCGCGAGGUGUGCAAGGUGGUGUCCGACGUGCUCAAGGAGGUGGAGGUGCAGGAGCCGCGAUUCAUCAGCUCGCUGAGCGAGAUCGACGCGCGCUACGAGGGCCUCGAGGUCAUCUCGCCCACCGAGUUCGAGGUGGUGCUCUACCUCAACCAGAUGGGCGUCUUCAACUUCGUCGACGACGGCUCGCUGCCGGGCUGCGCCGUGCUCAAGCUGAGCGACGGUCGCAAGCGCAGCAUGUCGCUCUGGGUGGAGUUCAUCACGGCCUCGGGCUACCUGUCGGCGCGCAAGAUCCGCUCGCGCUUCCAGACGCUGGUGGCGCAGGCGGUGGACAAGUGCAGCUACCGCGACGUGGUCAAGAUGAUCGCCGACACGAGCGAGGUGAAGCUGCGCAUCCGAGAGCGCUACGUGGUGCAGAUCACGCCCGCCUUCAAGUGCACGGGCAUCUGGCCGCGCAGCGCGGCGCAAUGGCCGCUGCCGCACAUCCCCUGGCCGGGGCCCAACCGCGUGGCCGAGGUGAAGGCCGAGGGCUUCAACUUGCUCUCCAAGGAGUGCUACUCACUGACGGGCAAGCAGAGCUCGGCCGAGAGCGACGCCUGGGUGCUGCAGUUCGGCGAGGCCGAGAACCGCCUGCUGCUGGGCGGCUGCCGCAACAAGUGCCUGUCGGUGCUCAAGACGCUGCGCGACCGGCACCUCGAGCUGCCCGGGCAGCCGCUCAACAACUACCACAUGAAGACGCUGCUGCUCUACGAGUGCGAGAAGCACCCGCGGGAGACCGACUGGGACGAGGCGUGCCUGGGCGACCGGCUCAACGGCAUCCUGCUGCAGCUCAUCUCGUGCCUGCAGUGCCGGCGGUGCCCGCACUACUUCCUACCCAACCUCGACCUGUUCCAAGGCAAGCCGCACUCGGCCCUCGAGAGCGCCGCCAAGCAGACCUGGCGCCUCGCCAGGGAGAUCCUCACCAACCCCAAGAGCCUCGACAAGCUAUAGAGGAGGGGGGAAGGGGGUUGGAAAAGGCCAGGAGAAAGAGGGACAGAAAUAAAGACUGCGCGGAACCCGAAUUAAAAACAAAACUCUUAUUUAAAAACAAGAAGAGGAACGGGGAGCAGCAGGCAUCCCCUCCCCACGAAAGCGCAAAAAGGACUCCAAGCCUAGCAGCGGGCACCGGCGCUCUCCCUCUCUCCUUUUUAAAAAAUAAAUUAAUUAAUUAAAAAGACACUUAAAAACAGCGGCGGAACUUUACGACAGCCAAACGAAACCCGAGGUACAUUUCAUUUUUCUCUUUCCCCCUCCACCCCCAUAUUAAGUGUAUGUCAUUCGUUCCCCACGCUUUUCUCUUUCUCUCGUUCGUCUGCCUGAAUGUUGUCACGAAGUGGGGGAGGGGGAGAAACCAGAAUUAUUUAACUAUAUGUACUUUUUUAUUUUGAAAGAAAGGGAUGGGGGAAGAGAACCGAGCAGAAAGCCUCAGACACACACGAAAAGUUUACUGAUGCUAAAUGUAUUUCAGUGCCAUGUCAGAUUAUGCGUCCUCCCCCCUUUCCCUAAACUGGCUUGUUCAAAACAGUAAUAUUAAUAAUAAUAAUAAUAAACAAAAUGGUUUUAACUUUACAUUGCCUUCGUGUGGGUUUAUUCUAAAAUUCAGGCAACUGAUAGACUGUUAUUUCCACUUCUCAAUAAAGAAGGGAUAUCUCUCUCACACAAAUAUCUAUGGAUGGAAGGGAACAAAAUAACACAAUGUUAAGGGAGCUCUCUGGAGGAAAACCCCCAAUAAAUAUCUUUUUAACACCUCUGUUUUAUCUUACAGAAGAUAUGUAAAUAUUCAGGUGGGGAAAGAAGCAUUUGUACUUAAAAACAACUUAUGUGUUUGGUAAUAUUUGGGGCUGCAUUAACAGUGGCUAUGAGAUUGAGAUUCAUUAUGUGAAGGAGAAGAUAAUUUCUCUCUCCUCAUUUGUGUCCAUCUCUGCACGUGGGCUUCUCAUUUAUUAAAGCUGAGUAAGUACCCAAGUCCAAUUUGACUUUGAAUUUCAAGGCCAUAUAGAUUUACUCUGAAUUAUUAAUACCCUACAACUAGUCAAUUUAUUUGCUGCAAACAUUUGGUUUCCGCUGGCUUUUAUGUAGACCCUGCUUCAGGAAGAGAGGACAUAGAACAAAAUACAAACGGGAACUAGACCUUAACAGGGUUUUUUAUGUUAUGCUAGCAUCCCAUACGGAUUGUUUGGAUUUUCGGAUUGUUCUACUGAAUUUGUUUCCCCUUUU